AUGUGGUGGAGAAUGGGCAGCAAGAGCAAUAAGAAGAACAAGAACAAGAACAAGACGAGAACGGAAUCAAGAAUGGACAUCGAAGAAAUACUGAAAAUGAAGCUGGAGACGAUCAACGAAGAAGCCGAGACACCGGAGGAGAAGGGGGCAGCUGCUCAUCUGACGAUGAAACAUCAUCUCAGGCUCACCAACAAAGUUAAGAAAACAGCUUUCAAGAUCAAGAUGGGGAAGCUUCCAAUUCUUACAUCCCAGUUCAGCCUUAAGGACUCUUAUCUUCUCUUCAUCACUGGAUUUUCUUCCAAAGCUGGACUUGGUGGACUCCCACCAUACUAA